UUGGUUACGUCCUCAGUGAACUUUCUUCUUUCCGCCUCUGCUCUCGUUGUUCUGCAGAGAAUUGGGGAAGAACGAAAAUGCAUCACCGUGCACAAAUUUCUCUCUGUAAAUCGUUUUCCAGAUACCCUUUUCAACGAUCUCUAAUUCCCAGUUCUUCAUCUUCCCUUAACUCACUCGCAAUGAUUUCAACUCAACUCGUUUCAGGCUCGGUUCCUUUUCGAAGGCCUGAGUUUAACGUUACACCCACCUCAAAUUUCCACCAUUUCCGUUAUCCAACUCUCUCAAAAUCGAUAGUCCAGUUGAUGAAAUACAGUGCUCAGUCUGGUGGCUCGGUGGCCGAGUUUGACCAGAACAGAGAGGUGGACAUGAUCAACCUCAAGUUUGCUGAAGCUAGAGAGGAGAUAGAGAUGGCUAUGGAGUCCAAAGAGACUGUGUAUUUUGAUGAGGAAGCGGAGUGUGCUCGGGCUGCUGUGAAGGAAGUGUUAGACAUGUUUAAUGGGCUAUUAGCGAAGUUGCCGGAGAGCGAACGAGCGGCGUUGCAGAGGUCAAUGGGCCUGAAGAUUGAGCAGUUGAAGGCUGAGCUUCAGCAGUUGAAUGAGUAAUGACUCUACAAAGAUUAUUGCAUUGCGAAGUGACAAGAGUGCUAUGGGAUAAGAUACUUAGAAGAGUUGGUUUAGCUUGGGUAAUGCCAUUGAGGGUAGUGGAUUGACUAGCUUGUUGGAAAGGGAUUC